AUGGCGGAUGCCCUUCCUUACCUCUUUAGUCCAAGACAUCAGAACGACUCAGGAGGCUCUAGGACACUCAAGGAUGCUCUAGGACACCAGAACGACUCAGGAGGCUCUAGGACACUCAAGGAUGCUCUAGGACACCAGAACGACUCAGGAGGCUCUAGGACACUCAAGGAUGCUCUAGGACACCAGAACGACUCAGGAGGCUCUAGGACACUCAAAGAUGCUCCAGGACACCAGAACGACUCAGGAGGCUCUAGGACACUCAAGGAUGCUCUAGGACACCAGAACGACUCAGGAGGCUCUAGGACACUCAAGGAUGCUCUAGGACACCAGAACGACUCAGGAGGCUCUAGGACACUCAAGGAUGCUCCAGGACACCAGAACGACUCAGGAGGCUCUAGGACACUCAAGGAUGCUCCAGGACACCAGAACGACCCAGGAGGCUCUAGGACACUCAAGGAUGCUCUAGGACACCAGAACGACUCAGGAGGCUCUAGGACACUCAAGGAUGCUCAAGGACACCAGAACGACUCAGGAGGCUCUAGGACACUCAAGGAUGCUCAUGGACACCAGAACGACUCAGUCUGA